AGUCCCCCCUUCAGUUAUGUCUCCUUGUAUAUAAGAAGCAACUAACGAGACAUCAUUGGCCAAAUCGGUGGUCUCACUUGCGGGAUACUUUGAGAGCAAUUGUACGACACGGAGACCGCGCAUUUAAUUCGUCGCGAUAAUGGCAACUGCGAAGUUCAAAGAAACGUCCCCGUACCUCAAGCCAAAAUUUUCACCACCGGAAGAUUACCUUUACAAUAGAUAUUUAGAAAACCUCGCUCUAAAGACCGACUCACGAGAUGAUCCGGUUGUAAAACUGGCUCUUUUCGGUGCGGGACGUGCCGGAACGAUACAUUUGAUGUCCAUAAUGUCUAGUCAGCGUGUGAAACUUCUAUACAUCGUCGAUGACGUCGAGAGCAACUGGGCAAAAAUAGAAAAAUACUGGCAUCUGGAAGAUGUUAUUUUUCUAAACAGCAAGCAAUCGCACAGAGUAUAUAAAGAUCCCGACGUCGACGCGGUCAUCGUCGCAUCGCCGACUUUCACUCACGAGGAUAUCGUUAUCGAGGCGCUGGAGGCGAGAAAAGCGGUCUUCUGCGAAAAACCUAUAGCGGAAAAUCGCGUGAAUUGCGCCAAGUGCUACGAGACGGCCAAGAAAGUUGGCAGACCGUUGUUUUGCGCGUUCAAUCGACGAUUCGAUCCGUCUUACUCUACGGUGCGUGACAGAGUUCGCAAGGGAGAAGUCGGACAUGUUCACGUGGUCAAGACGAUCUCACGCGACUCUCCUCUGCCCAGUAUAGAGUAUCUGAAGAUGUCCGGCGGCAUCUUCCACGACUGUAUGGUCCACGAUAUCGAUAUGGUCACUUGGGUUGUCGGAGAAUAUCCAGACAAGGUUGCAGUCAUGGCUGAUGCCAAUAUUCCGGAAAUCAAGGCGAUUUCUGAUUUCGACACAGUCGUUGCGACUUUGCAUUUCCCCUCGGGCACUCUUGGCGUGAUCGAUCUGUCUCGCAACAGCAACUACGGAUACGAUCAACGUCUGGAAGUAUUCGGGCCUAAAGGCAUGAUACAGGCCGACAAUGAGCAACCGAUAUGCUCGGUACGCAGACAGUACGGCUUAGAAGGGCCGACCACCGCUCCCAUCUGGUAUUCGUUCGCUAGCCGAUACAUGAACGGCUACCGAAGAGAGUUCGAUCAUUUUAUCGACAUCGUGCUGGGCAAGGCCGAAUCUAUGGUCAGACCAAAGGAGAUCCUGGCGGUUAGUAAGAUCGCAAUAGCUUGCGAAGAGUCGGCUCGUACCGGAAAAAUGGUGGAAUUAAAAUGGGCGAACGGAGAAUUGCCUUAUCAUCAAUAAAACUUUUGUUUCAACGUUAUAUAUAAAUGCGUUUUAUAUUAAAUGUGUAAUAAGCAUGUGUAUUACUUUAAAAAUUUUUCUCCCUAUACAAAAUGAAAUUUUUUAUAGGAAGAUUCGUACACGAUGAUAAAGCAGCUAUACUGUAAAUAUCACAAAGUGUGAUUUAAAUUAGAAGUGAAUAAAAGCUCGAAUAAACGGAAUUUCUUUCCUCGCGCGAUUUUACUAGGGUGGAAGAGAAACAAAUUCUGUCGUCUCUCAAAAUAUAUUAUUUCGCAAGCUCGUAUAAGGUUAAGGUAUUGUGACUUAACGACGCUUACGCUAAAUUAGAGAACGUUUAGUAGAUAGCUAAUGAAUAAAUCAAGCCAUACAGUU